AUGGUCCCGGAAAAAGUAUGCCGGGGGCGGUAUAUAUAUGUACAUGUACGAUCGCACACUUGUGCCUGCUCUCUCUCUCUCUCUCUCGUGACUGAAACGCAACAACGAGCAGCACCAGGGCCGAGACAGGGGUCGAGCUGGCGGGUUUUAGCAGCAGUAUCAGGUGCGUGCUCUAUUCAUAAGAAGAGAGACGAGAGGUUGCCAAAGCGAGGGCGGCUUCUUCUCUGUCAAGCGGAUAGCAGGCUAGCGCAAGGGACUGCGACACGGACCCUUGUAUGUGUCAACCGGAGUGUUCAGCAACAUCAGCAGGAAUCUCUGCGGCAAACUAAAAGGAUCUUUUGUGGGCGGGGGGGGGGAGGGAACGUGGCCGGGAUGAGGAUGUCGGCGUUGAUAUGGCGAUUGCUGAGGGCCACCUUGCCUCCAAUACUUGCGGUGGGCAGUUCCGCCUUCGCGGUUGGGCUGGACGAGAGAGGUGACGAGGCAGGCGGAGGCGCCAUUGGCAUGCGAGAGGGGUUUGUGGUGCAGGAGGUGGGAUGCCCGCAAGCCAUCUCGCACGACGAGGCGCUUGCGAGAACGUCGGACCACUCCUGGCCAGGCGGUGUUUUGAACGUUACGUCACUGGAGACAGUCGGUCGAUCGGGGAAUCAUUACAUGGCGAUAUCGGCAAUGUUUUCCUUGGCAUAUUGCUGCGGAGUGAAGGUGCUCCAGCUACCCGACACCGACUAUCGCUUCCCUACCGAGGAAGGGGGAGAGUUCAAGUCGUCGAAGCACCUCUUCACGUUCUCCUCCAACGGCACUGAUGGCGUCGAGGCGGAGCGACAGACAUGGUCCCAGUUGACGGGUCUAGAAGACCUCCAGGGCCGAGUGGGAAUCUGUCCCAAGGAGAGGAUCGUCGAUGGGACACAUGCCAACCACAUCACGGGGCUUGGCAAAGACCUUCAGACAUGUAUUCGCCACGUGCACAUGCGAGGGUGCGAGGCCGCCUACCUGCAGCAGGUGAUCGGUGACGAAAGGUCUUGCCCGGAUUCGCCGCCGCCACCCGUGGAGACGGAUGGGGAGCCUACUGAAUUGGUGGUUCCCGGGACGGCAGGGUUGCCCUCCGAAAGGAAGGGGGACGGGCAUCUGGUGGUGCACAUUCGAUCGCAGGAUAUCUUUAGUCCUGACACGAGAUUUCAUCAGUACGGACAGCCGCCCUUGGGGUAUUUUCUGGCCGUCAUCGCGAGCAAGAAGUGGGACUACUUGUCGGUCCUCACGUCCGGACCAGACAAGCAGCUCAACCCGACGUAUAGCGUGAUCGCAGAGCUCAACCGCCAAGGGUACCUUGGGACCAACGUGGGGAUGCAUAAGGACCGGUCGUUCUGGGUAGACCUGCAGACCAUGCUCUGCGCGGACAACCUUGCCCUGUCGCACUCUACCCUGUCGAACCUUCUGCUGGCGCACUCGAGAGCCAAGCGCUUCUUCCUGCCGUGGGGUUGCGAGCCGCAACCGUGGACCUUGAAGCUCAACCGCUUCGUGAACGCCUCGAUGAUCUGCCUCCAAAGGCCGGAGGUUCAGGUGUACGGUAUCGAUUGGCGAACAACCAAAGACGCUUACACCGUGUACGACUCCUGGGAUCCAAACUCCAACAUGAUGGAGAUGGUCGUUUCCGACGCAGUCAAGGGCGUGCAGCGCUGCUGCAAUUGACUUGAGAGUAGUUAGCGUUUUGGUCCAUUCCUGAGUUACUACAAGUAUGCUGUAACCACCUUUUUUUGACAGGGCUUAAAUGUCCGGGGUACACGCAUGCAGGUCUCCGUGUGUGCCAGAACACCGCGCCCCAAGAACUGUAUUUUCUGGGUCGGCUGUUCGCAAGGCACCCUGAUCGCACUGCAGUGAAGAUUGGGUUGAGCAGUGGCACCACCACAAUUAUUUGCGGGCCAUGCCCGCUUUCAGGGCAUGGUAACGCGAGGAAAAUAUGCGUAAACCCCUCCUGCCCCGCACGCGCGCGCGCGCGCGGGCCUCCCAUACCGCACACACAUGACCCCAUGCGCACGCUUGAACGUUGACGAAAGUUGCACUCCACGCGCCCUGCAGUUGGCGCACGCGCGAGUGAGCGUGUCGUUUUUAGUUGUAUUUUCUUUCGCUGUCAGUUUAAUCCGACAAGGAAGGGUGGGGGAGCUCAUGUCCUUAGUGUUUCGGUGUUCUCUCAUUUGUAGCUUGAGCCUUCCUCACCCCCGCGCUGGGGACGCGGCAGAGAGAGAACUGGCCGACGGUGUAUUUCCUAGCGUUGGUAGGGGUGCGACCCUCGGCGUUUGUGACGGUGAGCGUGCUGUAAUAGGAUUGUUGCUUCUGUUGGUUGUUGUUGUGGUGAUGGUUGUUUACCGUGGUGAUACUGGUGAUUUCCUAAAUGCAUAUAACGGCUGUAUUUUGUCUUUGUAGUCCCCGAAUCGGGAGCCAUCGCACCUUAUUGUUGUGUGUUAUUACUCUAACCUUUUCUGUCGCGGUCAAGUCUGGACACCGGUCAUGAUUUGUUUUUCAUGUGUUUCCGUGAGUGGUGGGGCAAGGCUCUAUUUGAGGUUCUGUGUUUUUUACCUGAUUGCGCAUGGACCACACAACGUACGUACGUCGAUUAGUCUAGGUCGUGAAUGUUUUCUUGGGCUUUUUUUAUAAGUUCACGUGUUCAAGAACGAUACGGCGCAAGGCCGGUCGAUGCCGCACAUGAGCGGCCGACUAUG